AUGGCUCACACGUCUGGCUAUGUAGACCUACUACAUAGUCAAUUUCCAGUUGAGCUUGACUCACCCGAACCUGUUAGGUUGGGUAGCCAAGUUCCUGAUGAGUCUGGUGUGAAGGAGAGGAGGAAAUGGUAUCCGAAAGAUGAUAUAAUCCUUAUUGGUGCUUGGCUUAACACCAGUAAGGACCCUGUUGUCAGCAACGACCAGAAAGCUGGUGCUUUCUGGAAGCGGAUUGUCGACUACUACAACGCAAGCCCGCAACUGGUUGGGACACUACCGAGGGAGCUUGGUCCUUGCAAGCAGAGGUGGGCUAGAAUUAACGAGCAAGUAUCCAAGUUUUGUGGAUGCUAUGAUGCGGCUCUGAGGGAGCAGAGGAGUGGUCAAAAUGAUGAUGAUGUGAUGAAAGCUGCGUUAGAGAUAUUCUUCAAUAAUAACGGCUACAAGUUCGCACUGGAUCACUGCUGGAGGGAGCUGAGGCAUGACCAGAAAUGGUGCUCUACCAAUCUGGCUAAGGACGGAGGAAAGGAUAAGCGCAAACAAGUGUUUGAGGGAGAUGGAGAAGAAGACGAAUUAGGAGAAGCAGAGGCUAGACCUCUCGGGGUUAAGGCUGCGAAAGCUGGUAAUAAGAAGAAGAAGAGUGGUAGAAAAGAGGAGUUGUCAAAGCUACAUGGUGUUUUAGAAAUGAAAGAAAAACUCUCUAGACAUAAAGUCCUAGAGCGUUUACUCGCAAAAAAGGAGCCACUCUCUGAAAUGGAAACAAGUGCAGCUCAUGUUAACCAAGUCACGGGUUCUUCUUGGUUAUUGGAACUAAAGUCACGGGUGCAUGUGGAGGUGUGA